AUGCUCGAUAAACUGUUGGGAAACCGAGAUUUCCUCCCAAAUUCGUGGUUCAAUAAACUGUUUAGCAGAUACAUUUGUGGUUGGCACUAUGUGAAUCCUUUCUGUGAUAAUAUACUCUUCCAAAUCGGUGGUCCAGACAAUCAAUUCAAUCAAUCUCGAGUGCCAGUGUUUUUGGCACAUACACCUGCUGGAACGUCCACACAAAAUAUACGCCACUGGAGACAAAUGGUACAGUCUGGCGAUACGCAAGCUUAUGAUUACGGCUCUGCGGAGGAGAAUAUGAAACAUUACAGCCAAGUUAGUCGAUUUUUUUACUCUUAUUCUGCUACAGCACCGCUUUAUGAUCUUUCUCGAGUGAGCACACGUGUGUAUUUGUAUUGGAGUGAUAAGGACUGGUUGGCAACUGAAACGGAUAUAAAGAGGUCACUUCUUCCAAAGAUACAGCCACAGUUUUUGAAACAAAACAAUCGCCUCAACGAUUACAAUCAUUUCGAUUUCAUUUGGGGAUUGCGUGCACCCGACGAAAUCUACAAACCAAUUAUUCGUAUCAUAAGUGCACAUGAAAGUCGAAGACAUGCAUGGCGAUAUCGUCGUUGA